AUGAAUGUUCCUAUAUACAAUAAUCUUCCAUAUCCUCAAGCAGCUCAACAACAAUCUUUAUAUGGUCAAAGAUUUCCUAAUACUCUUUCACAACCACGAAUGCCUCAAUAUGGAAAUUAUCCAAUGUAUUCUUCUAUGCAGACUCAACAGCCAUAUACCGGCUAUAAUCAUCACAAUCAAUCAGCUACUGAAAUAUUGCCUGCUUUCAGUCAUCCACCCGAACCAUUAAUGGCUAAUCAUCAUCCAUCAAAUAUAUCUCGACAAAAUGUUAUUUAUCGUUCAGAAAAUAAUCUCUUGAAUGCUAAAAAUUCAACAUGUGCAUUUUAUUGUGAAACAUGCCGUAUAGCAUGUGGUGGACAUGCUUCAUAUCAAGCACAUUUAAAUGGUUCAAAACAUAAGAAAAAAGAAAUUAGUUCUCUAAAUCAACAAACAAAUCAGAAUACAUUUCGAUGUAAUUUAUGUGAUAUAACUUGUACAAGUUCUGAUGCUUAUAAAGCACAUUUAGAUGGAAGUAAACAUGAUAAAGCUGUAAAAUUACAUCAUAAAUUAGGUAAAAUUAUUCCAGAAAAUGUUAAUCAAUCAUUAGCACCAAUUAAUGAAUCACAAACAGUAGUGACUAAUGAAGAAAAGCAAUCAAGUGAAAAUAGUAUAAAAUUAAUAGGUGCAGAAUAUAUUGAAAUAUCAUAUGAUGAUACAAAUACACCAAGAUCUUAUUAUUGUAAAUUAUGUGAUUGUAAAUUUAAUGAUUCGAAUACAAAAGAUGCACAUUUAAAAGGAAAACGUCAUCGACUUUCUUAUAAAAAAAAAGUUAAUCCGAAUUUCCAAGUUGAUGAUAAUGAUAAUAAUAAAUCAUUAAGUCCAAAACAACAUGCAAAUGAAACAAACGAAAAUAUGAAUGAUCGACAAAUGAUUAAUAAUAAUAAUAAUAAUAAUAAUCAAAUAAAUAUUGAUGAUGAUACUAAAUGCUUAAUGAAAUUACAUGAACAAAUAAUACCAACACAGAGUUUAAAUAAUAGCAAACAACACCAACGAUCUGCUUGGUAUUAUCCAUUAUCAGAGUUGAUUCAGCAUUAUUAUAUGCAAUUUUUAUUAACAACUACACUCUAUGUUAUGGAACCAUGGGAACGAAUUCUUGUAAUCAUGAUAAUUAUUCUUCUUAUUUCACUUGUUACAUAUUCAGCAUUUAUUUAUAUUCCAUUUCAUGUUCAUAAUAUUUUAGAAUCGACAAUUCCAAUUAUAACGGAUGUAUUUAAGCAUUAA